GAUUAUUUCGCGCUGAUAAGAGAACUUGUAAAAUUCUUCCAUAAAUUCUUCUGUUUCAGUUCAAAUGGAUUAGUGUAAUUAAUUGGAAAAAUCAUUGAUCAUCACUCCAUCAACAAACUGUAUAUUAAGCAAACAACGUAUUUGCAGCGCACAACCACUUGUAGAAAUCCGGGGUUUACUGAUAGUAGAUUUCGUUAAUCUACUCAGCAAGAGGUGAACAUCAUUAUUCUUUCGACCGUUGUGCUGUUAAGUGAAGAGCAAUACUUACGAAUGUGACUACAUCAAAAUUCGAGUGAAAAGGCGAUACCCUGGAAAAGUUCAUUGUGAAGAAAGUGAUAACAUUGAACCCUAAAGAAGUGUUCAAGGACCACAAUUCGCAAAAAUGGGGAAAGGAACUUACGACUUAGAUUCAAUCCUGAAUGAAAUUGGCCAGUUCGGUGCGUUUCAGAUACUGAGUUGUACCUUGAUUUGUCUACCAAUUAUUUUUAACGGGAUAGAUACCUUAACUUACAUUUUCACGGCGAGUGGUGUAGAACACAGGUGUCGUAUAAACGAGUGUGAUUUAGAUAAUAGCGGUAUCCAGGCGUAUUUGCCACCAUGGAUAAAUAAUAGUGUGCCAUUCGAAAAUGGUGUACCCUCCAAAUGUACGCGGUAUAAGCCGUACAAUAAUAGUGAUAAUCUGUAUGAUGGAAGCAACCACAGCGAGUUUUGUCCUGCGGACCUAUUUGACCAGACAGCCAUUGUGUCCUGCAAUGAGUUCAUUUACAAGGGUGACGAGAGGACUAUAGCCACGGAGUGGGACCUUUCUUGUCCAAACGAUGCCUGGAAACUGACCCUCAUUGGAACGCUUAACAAUAUCGGCCAAUUUAUUGGCGUGCCACUUGGCGGCUACAUUUCAGAUGGAUAUGGACGACGCACAACGAUGGCGCUAACCGGGACAAUAGCUGCGAUGAUGGGUAUUAUUCGAUCAUUUUCCGUCAAUUAUGCCAUGUUUGCUGUAUUGGAAACGUUAGAUGCCGCAAUCGGCAGCGUUGUAUAUCCAACUGCUAUGGUACUCGGGAUGGAGUUGGUUGGACCCGAAAAGCGCGUUUUGGCAACUACUAUCUUGGCUGUCUUCUACCCAGUUGGGGAAGUUUUGAUGGGAGUUGUAGCCAAAUAUGUGACCAACUGGAGAGAUUUUCUCAGAGUUUUAUACAUUCCUGGACUCCUUCAUAUUCUAUUUUUCUGGAUCAUCACUGAAAGUGUUCGUUGGUUGCUGGUCAAAGGAAAAUACGAAGAAGCGAUACGCGCUCUGAAAAAGGCGGCGAAAUUUAACAAAGUCUCCCUGUCAGAGGAAUCAUUGGAGGAGCUAUGUUCAAGCAGCGAAUUAUAUAAGGACACUUCUGAGGAAGUUCCCAGCGAAUCAUAUCCCAUUCGAAGUGCAUUCGCAUCGACAAAACUACUUUGUCGAAUUGUCAAUUGUUCAUUUUGUUGGUUCACUAAUACUUUGGUGUAUUAUGGAUUGAGUUUGAAUUCGGUAUCAUUAGCUGGUGAUAAAUAUUUGAAUUUUAUAUUUGUCUGCUUGAUCGAAGUUCCAGGGUUUUUAAUUUGCUACUUCACAACAAAUUCAUUGGGACGAAAACCCUCUCAAAGUGGCUCUCUGAUUAUCAGCGGUGUAGCUUGCUUGUUAUCACACUUCAUCAAUGAUAAUCAACCGUGGCUGGCAUUUAUAUUAUUCCUUGUUGGAAAACUCGCAAUAACUGUAUCUUUCACAGUUUUAUAUGUGUACACUUCGGAAUUGUUCCCUACAAAUCUGCGUCAAAGUUUACUCUCAUUCUGUUCAAUGUUCGGAAGAAUUGGUUCUAUGAUAGCGCCGCAAACUCCAUUACUUGCCCAGUUUUUACCAUCCUUACCAUUGAUUCUUUUUGGAUCAUGUGCCAUUUCAUCUGGACUGUUAGUACUAAAGUUUCCCGAGACUCUUAACAUAACACUUCCAACGACAGUAGCGGAUGCAGAAAACAUAGGCGAAAAGGGUUUUAAGAAAAGAAAAGCAGAAAUAUCAUAAAUUUCUUUUCUUGAAAAGUGUUAAAAAAGAAAUUGAUCAAAUUUCACAGAACCUUUAAUAUUUUUUGUUCAAUUGCGACAUUACUUAGAGCUUCAAAAUUUCUUCUAGAACAGUCAACUUAGCUUUAGCUUUAGAAAUCUUUACUACUUAUUAUCAAUAAAACAUGUUUAUGUUUUGAAGACUUUA